UUUUCACUUUGAAACGUUGAAAUUUCCAAUGGGAAUUCCUUCAGAACUAAGAGACAUGUGGGUGGCCAAUAAAAACAGAAGUUUGUUGAUUGCUUCUCCUGCAGAAGAACAGAAGAGGUUAAGGACUAAUCAAUGUACAUCUGAAGGUGUGCGCGCUGGAUUCAAGGCAGCUGGUAUAGGAUGUGUGGCCAGUACUGUGCCUACAAUGGUCGCAGUUCGUUUGAUUCCAUGGGCAAAGGCAAAUCUAAACUAUACUGCUCAGGCACUUAUCAUAUCUGCUGUAUCAUGUGCAUCAUUCUUUAUUGUUGCUGACAAAACUAUAUUGGCGUGCGCAAGAAAACAGUCCCUUCUGCUAGAAAAGUCUCUCAAACAAGAAAGAUGAUGCUUCCGCACCUGUUUUUAUAUUGAUAAUCAAUUUAUAGUGUUGUUUUCUUUAUAUUUGGUUUCUCAAAAACUUUUCAUUAUUCUCUUCUCAGUGGGAGGUUUUAUAGUUCCAAUCUAAUCAAACGCCUUAUCAAAAUCAACUUUGAACAUUAUAGUUU